AGAUGCUCAGUAAUCAGAUAUCAGCGUAUUGAUAAGAGUUUCACAUUCAUGCGCUCGAUUCGAAGAAAACUUAGUGCAAAUCUAUUGAAAUAUUGUGGUGUAUGCAAUUUUAACUGGUAUUAACGGCAACUAAGCCUAACAAGUAGAAAAGUGACUAAAAACAGUGGAUAAAAAUAGUUCGUACACAUCAAACUUAUUAUGUGGGCUGUGGAUAAUUAGAAUCAACAAUCCGAUUGUAACCCACAGGUAGAUCGGAAUAUCGGAUAGGCAGCGAAAGAAUACAAGCUACGGUGUAAUUAACACAUACAUCAGUCUAGUACAACGUAAUUGCAUUUGAGCUCAAUCAAAAAUGAUGUCGACGCCGUACAUUGUCAAUGAAAUUUACGACAUAAUACAGAAGUCGACAGCCUUUACACUAACAUUGGAAGCACUGCUGGCGCUUGGUGUAAUUUGGAUAGUUUUUUAUAAGCGCAAUGGAAAGCGUUCGAAGAAGCUCUCAGACAGCGAGAAAAUUGAGCUGAUUCGCAGUUGGGUUCCAGAGCCGCUAGUCGAGGAAGUUCCGGACGAUCAUCCGGGACUGCAUACGCAUCUGGUGCAGGGAAAAGUUGGAAAAACAAUCAACAUCGAUGGCAAACAAUGUCUCAAUAUGGCUUCACAUAAUUAUUUGGGAUUGGUAGAGGAUGACAAGAUCCAACAGGAGGCGAUUAAAAGCUUGCGCAAGUACGGAGUGGGAUCGUGUGGGCCGCGUGGCUUCUACGGUACGGUAGAUGUUCAUCUGGUGUUGGAAGAAAGACUAGCUAAGUUUCUUGAAGUGGAAGAAGCGGUUGUUUACUCGUAUGCCUUUUCAACUAUUGCUAGCGCUAUUCCGGCUUACUCCAAAAGAGACGAUAUCAUAUAUGUCGACGAAUACGCUAAUUUCUCCAUUCAGAUGGGACUAAAGGCAUCUCGUAGUAGAAUUGUCUAUUACAAGCAUAAUAAUAUGGCCCAUUUGGAGAAACUGCUAUUGGAACAAGCAGCCGAAGAUGAACAGAACCCAAGGAAGGCGGCAAGAACGAGACGUUUUCUGGUGGCGGAGGCAAUCUACAUGAACACCGGUAAUAUGUGUCCUCUUCCCAAGUUGGUCCAACUACGAAAUCGUUUCAAACUGCGAAUGUUCCUCGAUGAAAGUAUAUCUUUCGGUGUUUUGGGUAAAACAGGACGAGGGCUGAUCGAGCACUUUGACAUAGAUAAAACUGAGGUGGAUCUCAGAUCGGCUGGAUUAGAAUGGGCCGCAGGGACGAUUGGAGGAUUCUGCGCUGGCUCGUCGUUUAUAGUAGAGCAUCAACGUUUGUCGGGAUUGGGUUAUUGUUUUUCCGCUUCGCUUCCUCCUCUGCUAGCCCAAGCUGCCAUCAGUACACUCGACAGAUUUGAGAGUGAUCCGGAAAUCUUCCUCGAGUUGAGAAAAUGUUGCAAAAAAAUCUCACAAAUGUUGUCUUCCUUAACGGAAUUCAGUUCCAGCGGAAACAUGCUAUCCCCAGUUAAGCAUUUAUACAUGAGGAAUAAAAAAACGUAUCGUGGUUUUGAAAGUAAACUACUGAACGAAAUUUCAUUAGAGUGCAUCAACAAUGGCCUGGCAAUUAUUACUGCGAAAUACCUGGAAGACUUGGAGCAACAUUGCCCCCGGCCUAGCAUUAGAAUAACAGUUAACCGCCUCCUCACCAACAAAGACAUUGACGACGCAUUCCGAAUUCUGCAACAAGCAUCAGAGAAAGUUCUCAGUGACUGGAAAACUAAGAUGUAUGGAACAGAAUUCAGCGAAGAUAAAACCGAUGGAAAUGAAAUUGAUGAUUCAUCUGAAAACGACAAAUAAUUAAUGACAGCUGCUGCAGAACGAACAGUAUCUUCCAUACCAAAUUGAAAGGCUAUAACGCCCCGAAGGGCAAUUCGCCACGCACUUUCAUUCUUUCACUCGACCUAUCUCACUUCCAUAAAAUCCGCUGAUGACCAGAGCCUAUAAGGCACAUCGCAGAUUUCCGAAAUACAAAGAAAUCUGAUACAGAAAUGCAAUUUGAGAUAGAAAGAGUGAUGCCUAGGGCUCGGACAUUGGAAGUCAACGCAAAUCAACGGGAAUCAUUUUUAGAUUUAGAUUUAUACAGGGUAGUCAUUGCCUUGUUUUCUCAUCAACUUUUAGAACGGAGUUUACCACAUUGCAGUCAUCUUACACACAAUAAUAAUGGACAUUUAUUCAUGAUUCUAAAAGAGUAUCCUUCA